AUGCCAGAAAAUCAAAAGAAAUCAUCUCCAGGUCAUUCCACAUCAUUUCUCAUUGAAGAUAUACUAUUUCGAACAAAAAACAGCCGACCUAAUCCAGAAAUGUAUUCGCUUGAUCGCAUCAAAACUUCGCGUAUCAUGACUGAACACAUAUCUGGAGAACACUUUCAGGUAACUAAUCAAGAAAGAAUUCGUAACCAAAUAACACAAAGUCCAGAAUGCUUUUCAAUGUUACCAUCAGCUAUGGCUUCUGCUUAUUUAUCAUAUCCGACUCACUACAUGCAUAAAAGUUCUAUAGCUGAACCAUUUUUCAUUACACCGCAAGGAAUGCCUUUCAGUAGUAUCUGGGCUUCUCGCAAUGAAUAUGGACAUAAUCAAAUGAGUUCGAGACUGUGUCGUAGGCGAAAAGCUAGAACAGUUUUUUCUGACCAACAACUCACUGGUUUAGAAAAGAGAUUUGAAGUACAAAGAUACCUAAGCACACCUGAAAGAGUUGAAUUGGCUACAGAAUUAAGACUAUCUGAAACACAGGUGAAAACAUGGUUUCAAAAUCGUCGCAUGAAGCAUAAAAAACAGUUGCGUAAAGUCUCUGACGAUCCAAUGGUAACAGAAGGAGAAAAGUCGACGCACAGACACCAAAAUGUUAAUAAAUCAAUAUCGACUGAUUAUCCGGUAGAUUUUUCAUCAAAAAGUUCAACCCAAGUAGCAAACACUUCGGUAGACACGGGCGUUGUGAUAGGAAUAGACCGGAAAGUUAGAACGGAAACUCAACCUGUUGGCAUUAACAGCGAUUAUAGACAACGACAUUACGCCCUAAGUGACUCUUCGGAACUAGAUGAUGAUGAAGACUGUGACGAAGAUGCCAAUACUUGUGUAGAAGAUGAUGACGGUGACGAGGGUGACAUCAUUGACAUCGUAGGUGACCACUCUCAACAUGUCAUUAUUAAUGAUAACAUAGUUCAAAGACACAAUUAUGAACAGCAAAAAUUCUUUUAAAGUGUUACAUGUGAUGUAAACUACUAUUUUUUAUGAAAUUUAGCACUAAUAUUAG